AUUGCAUUUCUGAUUUCAUUGUUUAUUUUCCUUCUAAUCGGGUAUUUUCUAUUUACCAUUUAUGGUAUUGUUAUUUAUUGCUGUUAUCUGAUAUAAUUAUUUAAUUAUUCUUUUUGUAUUUUCAUUUUGGUUUGAGCUGAUUGUCAAGUUGCAAAUGCUCUAAAUAAGUAAAAACUAAAAUAGUUGAACAAAAACAAACAUCUAUGUACUAAUUAAUCAGUUAUAUCUAAAUAUAUUAAAGAAACCGGCAUAGUAAAUCUAUAGUUUGUGUUUAACGUUAUAACUUAAGAAAUUCAGAAUUUUGAGAGCAAUGGCCCAAAAUAAUGAGUUGUUUACAACGCGAAUGAGAAAAGCAACUAGAAAAAUUCAUUCGGUCAGUGACGCCUUAGUUAACGCCAAAUUUGCAAUUUCGCUUAGAGAUGAAGCAGUUUGGGGUGGCGGCCUGUUCGUAUUUUACCAUAUUUUCGAAUUUCUUGAAGGUGCCAAAGAACGUUUAAAUAUUCCUGACUAUAACAAACUUUUUACCCACAAGAUUUUGUACAGAAAACAUGCCUUUGAAGAAGACCUCACACAUUACUUGGGCCCAGAUUGGUCUUCAAUACCAAAGUCUGCUGCUCUAGAGAAUUAUCUAGAACAUUUGCAGAAUCUUGAGAGAGAGAAUCCAAAGCUUCUCAUGGCAUAUGUGUAUCAUCUGUAUCUGGGGCUGCUUAGUGGUGGUCAGAUAUUAUCCAAGAAACGAAAGAUGUUUGGGGAUGGUUCUAACAAAGAGAAUGAGUACUGUGAUAAAGUGACAGAUUUCAACGGAUUUGAUAUUAAUCAAUUGAAGAAUGAUUUUAAAACUGCCAUGAAUGAGAUAGCUGAUAAAAUGAGUGAAGUAGAGAAGGAGCAGUUCAUUGAAGAAAGUAACCAAGUAUUUUUGAUGAAUAAUUUGAUUGUCAACUCUGUUGGAGGUCAAAGUAAAGUAUUGUAUAAUUUGUUGUACAAGACAACAGCUGUGUUAUUACUCUUUGUCGGUGUGGUUGUUGCUUAUAAAAUGCAUAAAUAGAUCACCCUUUGUUGUUUUUAUACCAAGCUUACUUUGUAUGAUGGCUUGAUAUAUUAUUAUGAAAAUGAUAAUUAUUUCCCGCAAUACCACGGUGGGGAAAAGUAAGAAAUUAAAAGUUAAGAUUUUCAUUAAGGAGACUGCCCACUAGAGUGUUUUGUCAAUGACCAAAACUUGUUUUGUCCUAUGUAUGGAGUGUCUAUGUAUAUUUUGUAUGAAGACUAUUAGGCUAUACUAGCGUCUGAGUGAAGCAUAUUUGACAAUGGAGAAAUAUUGAUUAGGUUUAACAAAUAUCAACUUAUAUAAUAUUUUAAAAAUUAUGGAACAUUUCAACGAAGAAAUAGGCAGCAACCUGAAUCAAUCUGAAGCAUAUAAAAUUAUUGAAUCAGUCACAUUUUCAACAUUAUUGAAGAAUAAUAUGUCAUGCAGAUAAUAUAUGAAUACCAGUGUUGUGUCAUGUGUUUUAGUUCUUGAUUGGAUCAUAGCAGUAAUAAUUAACUAUAGCUUCUAGCCAAAGAUUAAGGGUUGAUCUCCGCUGCGCUCCAACUAGAUACCACACUACCUAAGAACAAUAGUUUUAUUUAAUAUGGCAACUAUUGGAUUCUUGUGUGUGUGGCAUCUUUCAAAUUUACCCUUUAUGUUCCAACUUAAACAUGUAUCUACAUGUUACAGAUCUCCUUUGUUGUGACUGAUAUUUUUUAUUGUUAGAUAUUAUAUUCAUUGUUAGUUACUUGUUUGAAGAUUUUUUAGUUUUAGUUGACUUAAGCAUAUUGUGAUUUUUAUUGAUUAAUAAAGGCUUUAAGCAUUCAAA